CUUUCGUUUUCUAAAUUCAAUCCAUUUGGAGAGUUUAUCCAUAGUUCACAAUUCUCUAUUCUCAAACUCAUAUCUAAUUAUUGGCAAAUCAAGCAACGGUCGAAGGUUCCAGUCAAGGUAGCUACAAAUCUAAAACAGAGUAGGGUUAUCCUGGGAGCGAGCUAGUCAGACCUGUCCGAAUAGCUAUCGGAAUAUGAGGACUAUCUUUCUUCAAGGAGACAGACCUGAAUACAUUGCUACGGGCUCGCACGGGGUGGAUUUAACUGGGAUGCCCGAAAAUUUUACUGGGCAUAUUUUAAAGCGUCGGCAACAACCCAUAAAAAUUUGGUUAAUCACCAAGGGCUUGUUUUUGGUGAUCAUGACGGUGUGUCUUCCAGUUGUCGAAUCUGAUCCCAAAAGUCUUGAAUGUCAUGAAAUUUGGCGUGAGAGGGACGAAAUUGCUAAAGACAUGAUUCUCAUGGGUUUAUUCGACAUGUUGUUUGAUGUCUAUUGCACCCUCUAUGGGGACAGCCAAAGAUCUUUGGGAUUGAGUUGGAUAGGAAAUAUAGUACCGAUGACCACGGUCUUCAAAAGUAUUCCCUCUGGUUCACAUUCUUCUUUACAGUUUGACUUUACGGUUUUUAAGGAAAUAAAUUCGACUUUAUUGUAGAAUACACUGUUUGGCACUGUUUGGACACUGUUUGGCACCGUUUGGCACUGUUUUGCACUGUUUGGCACUAUUUUGUGUAGAUUUGUUUUGCCAAAUAAGGUAAAUAAGGAAGUGUAAAGAUGAUUCUGGGACGGCCCAAAACGGAAAGUGUAAAGAAGAAUGUGAACCGGGG